AUGGAGAAAUUCAGGGGGUUCUCCGACCCUGCUACGGGAAUACAUCCCUUCCUCCCUUCAUGGUCAAACGAUUCUAAAUCGCCUAACAUUAAAAAAAUUACGAAUGCACUAAUUGCAAUUGCCACAUGGCCAGUGCGCUUAUUUUUAAUCCUAAUCUCAUUAACAUUGUUACCCUUUAAACUAUUGAGGCCAUACGGCUGCAGGCUAUUAUUAGCAGCUGUAGGAGUGUGGAAAAUUCAGUUUAAGAAUUGGAAGUAUGCAAUUGAGAUCAAAAAAUCCAAAGAUGCUGUAGUGUUUUGCAAUCUUACAAGUUUUGCUGAGAUUCUCAUGCUGGAAUAUACAAUCUCACCCAUUUUCGCCAUAGUCCAUUCAAAUGGCACCCUCUCCAUUUUAAAAUUUAUGGAUAUGUUAUUAUUCACUAUUAGACAUGAAAUUAAAACGAAUAAGGGCACGCUAGCUAAUCUGGCUAAUGCCGCCGAUUAUGUCUCUAGCAAACAUAUAGGCCCAAUGGUAGUCUUCGCAGAAAUGCAAAAGAGUAAUGGAAUGGUUAUUCUGCAGUGGCCCAAAGAAUUGGCCACCAAUUUCAAUUUUGCCAGAGGUGGGGGCUGCUACGCCAUCACGUGUAGUUAUGAAAAUCCCAAAUUGCACUUUGACAAAUCAACCACUCUACCUCACACCGUAGGAAACAUAUACAAACACCUACUCCACAUCGCAUUUGUUCCUAAGGUCUUUAUGAAAUUAGAAAUCAUCCCCAAGGAAUGUGUUGCCGAAGUUAUGAAAGCAAACUCUCCCGUAAAUGAGCUGAGAAAGAUCAUGGCUGGGACUUUAGGGAAGGAUGGUACGGCGGUGUCAAUUGAUGCCUCCAAGCUCGCCGAAUUUGCAAAAUACUACGACAAACACGCAUGA